UGCUGAUUAUGCAAGAAAGUUUCGAAGAGACCAUUCUGGGCUCCCAAUUUUUGUCAUUAAAAUUUAUCAUAUUAUACUGUUUUGGCUUGAUCUCCAUUUUCUCGGGGAUGGCAGCAAUUGCUUAUGGAUAUACUAUCCCUGGUUCUCUACUCAUUCUUAUGAUUCCCACGGGCUGUUGUUUAUAUUGGCCAUUGAAGUCUUUGAACUGGAGCAGAUAUUGCCGCUGUUUGAGAGGAAUCUGUUGUUUCGCACCUGUUGAUAUAGAGACGCCAAAUCAACCGACGACACCGCAAGUGCUUACAGAUUCCUCGACGCCUCCGCAGUCCCUUGCAGAUUCCCUGACGCUGCAGCAACCGCUUGCAGAUUCCCCUACGCCGCAGCAACCGCUUACAGAUUCACAUGUUGUGGAAUCUGCAAGCGCUGCCAGACAAAGCGGUUGAGUAGCAGCUUAUUCAUGAUCUCCUAAAAGAUUAAUGAUUGCCGUCCAAAAGGCAAUCAAUACUCCAAUGUCAAAUGAAAUUUUAUUUUUUAACUGUUAACUUCUUUAAUGUUUCAAUGUAUAUAUUAAACCGACUUAACACUUUUUAGUGA